AUGCCAUCGCCCAACGAUCAAGCCCCUCCCACGCCGUCCCCUCACCGCCUGCUGCUUUACAAACCCGUCUGGAUCCAGUUGAGAGGUCUCACGGGUCCGACUGAAAUCCGGGGCUCGUUCAGUUUGUGUUUUAGAAACGUGAACAAGAACAUUUUAACAUCUUUGCUGCUACAACCAGUCCUGACCAAUCCAGAAUCACCAGAGGCCCCUCCCACCAAGAACCGGACAGAACCACCGCAGACAUAG